AUAUGGCGACUAGACAAAACGCCUCCAAGCGCGCUGCGCAAUAUUCAAGUUGUUCUAACCUGUGUACGCCAACUAAAGCAGUCAAAUCAAAAAUUCACAAACCUAACACACCCAUGAUGCAAACGAACACAAAAGAAGAAGGAAACGACAAUGAAAUGAAGCAAAUCUACGACAUGUUUAAAACUGUCAUGACGAAAUUGGAGAAGCUGGACAGCAUCGAGACAGAUUUGAAGGAAAUUAAAACAUCACUGGAAUACGCACAUGCCGAAAUAAAAGAUCUGAAGAAAGAGAAUGAAACAAUGAAAGCGGACCAAGCGAAAUCGAGUGAAAGAAUCCAAAAUUUAGAGCGCAACAACAACACGUUACGAGACAAAGUAAUUGACCUUCAGGCAAGGUCGAUGCGUGACAAUCUGUUGUUUUUUAACAUGCCUGAAAACGACAAGGAAAAUACAACAGAAAUGAUCCACGAAUUACUGGAGACAAAAAUGGGGAUGGAAGACGCAAGAAAUAAUGUAAAGAUCGACCGAUCUCAUAGAAUUGGAAGAAGGAAAGAAGGAAACCGUAAACCGAGACCUAUUGUGGUAAAAUUCAAUUACCACCAAGACAGGGAAUUUGUGCGUCUAAAUGCAAGAAAGCUGAAGGGCACAACUAUCGGAGUAUCUGAACAGUUUCCUGAAGAAAUUGAAACCAUUCGAAAGUCUCUGUAUCCCGAACUAAAGAAAGCCAAAUCGGAAGGUAAAAGAGCCAGAAUUGUAAAGGAUAAACUCAUUAUCGAAGGGCAAGUUUUUAAUUUUAACAGAUGUUGAAAUUUGAUACGUUUAUACUAUAAUAUACUAUAAUCUUCUUAUUGUGUAUUUACCGGCCAAACAAACAUUUACAGUAACUAAAAACCUUUUAAAUGGCUACUCUUAACAAUAAACAAAAGAAAACCUGCGCUUCUUGCUAUAAAAUAAUUAAAGAAACGCAAAAGUCAACAGUAUGUCUUACAUGCGGUAAAUGGUUUCACGCUAGGUUAGCAUGCGUAAAAUCAUUUAACACCACUUCAGAUAUAGAUAAAACAAUCGAUGUGUGUCAAAAUUGUUUAAUUGAUACUUUGCCAUUUCAAACGCUGGAUGAUUUUGAAUUUGAAUUUAAUAUUUUUAACGGAAACAAUAUCAGUGAAGACAAUAUGGAUAGACUAAAGCAUUUAAAAUUCAACCCGUUCGACACAAAUAAUAAUAUAGCGUUGUCUGAGAACAACGAAGAUUUAGAUAUAAGCCAGACUAAAAUAAACUGUGAAUAUUACCUGCCAGACGAUUUCAAUCAAAAAACAAAUAGAGCGAAUCUUAGUAAUACUAAUAGCCUUUCACUGAUGCACUUAAAUACUAGAAGCAUAGCUAAUAAAUUUGAUUCCUUUAAACAACUUAAAAACUCAUUCAACAUACCGUUUCAAAUAAUUGGCUUAACUGAGACGUGGCUAAAUGAUAGUAAUGAUGAUCUCUUUAUGCUAGAAAAUUACGAUUUUGUAAAUGCAAAUAGAUGCAAUAAAAACGGCGGAGGAGUAGGUAUUUACAUCUCACACCAAAUGAAAUAUAAAUUACGUACUGACCUAAACUUAAACGAAGAAAACACUAUUGAGUCAGUAUUUAUUGAACUUAUAACAGCGGCUGGUAAAAACAUAAUAAUAGGUGUAAUAUACAGACCACCAAACAAUAAAAUAAAUGAAUUUGAAAACAAAAUUAAUGAAAUACUAGGUAAAAUAGAUAAAGAAAAUAAGACAUGCUAUCUUAUGGGGGAUUUCAAUAUUGACUUACUUAAAUCAGAAUCUUGUGAUUACACAAAGAGAUUUCUAGAGGUAUUAUUUACAUCAUCAUACAUUCCACUUGUGUUGAGACCAAC